AUGGCUGCUUCCAUGUACGAACACUGGAGCUUUAUGCAAGUGCGGACUGCUCAGCUGUUCAGCCUCAUCGUCUCCAGGCAUCGGCCUUUUUCCUGCAACUCUUCAGCCAGACAGAGUCUUUGGUGGAGUGUCGGUCGUGCUACUGCCCGCAGGACACAGAGAUCUAUGGAUCCUGUGGUUCCCUCCAUUAACCCUCCUCUGACAACUGAUGAAUCUGCGGCAGCAGGGAUGAGUACUGAUACGACAUGCAGUCAGGAGAAAACGCAACCAGGGGAGCUGUUGCCUGGAGAGACGGUUAUCCGGGAGGGAAAGGCCGCCAUUUUGUUUCCCAGUGCCAACGAGGUGUUUUACAACCCGGUCCAGGAGUUUAACAGAGAUUUGACAUGUGCUGUUGUGACAGAGUUUGCAAGAGAUAUGCUGGCUCGGCGUGGGGUGAAGGUGGUGGUGCCUGGAGAGAAGGAGAGGGUGGUUGUCUCUCUGUCAGAGGAGACGAAUGAGGCCGACGCGCAGAAUGAGGAGAGAAAUGGUGCAGAGGAGCCCAAAGUGACUGCAACAGUGGGGGAGAAGUGUGAAGUUGGUCUUCGUGUUCUGGAGGGCCUGGCAGCAUCCGGUUUGCGCUCAGUGCGUUUUGCUCUGGAGGUCCCCGGCCUGCAGAGCAUCACAGCUAAUGACUUUUCAGCAAAAGCCGCAGCCCUGAUUGAAAGGAAUGCCCAGUGCAAUAAAGUCAGUCACCUGCUCCGGGCCAGCUGCAGGGACGCUAGUAUGCUAAUGUACGAGAUGCGAGGGAAGAAAGAGCGCUAUGAUGUCAUUGAUCUGGAUCCUUAUGGCAGCCCUUCCUCUUUCCUGGAUGCUGCCGUGCAGGCUGUGAGUGAAGGAGGUCUGUUGUGCCUAACAUGUACAGACAUGGCUGUGAUGGCAGGAAACAGCGGGGAAACCUGCUACAGCAAAUAUGGUUCAGUCUCCAUCAAAUCUAAAUACUGCCAUGAGAUGGCUCUUCGUAUCAUCCUCCACAGCCUGGACCAGCGGGCAGGAGUCUACCAGCGAUACAUCCAGCCCCUGCUGUCCGUCAGUGUAGACUUCUACAUUCGGGUCUUUGUGCGCGUCUUCACAGGACAGGCAACAGUCAAGAAUUCAGCCAGUAAACAGGCUCUGGUCUACAACUGCGUGGGCUGCGGGUCUUUCCAUCUGCAGAGAAUGGGCAGGAGAACAAGCAACGGAAAGCAUAUGAAGUACUCUGCUGCCACUGGACCCCCAGUCGGGCCGGAGUGUGAGCAGUGUGGGCAGAGACAUCAGAUGGGGGGCCCUAUCUGGGCUGAGCCCAUACACGACGUGGCGUUUGUCCAGCAGGUUUUGUCGGCCGUGUCGGGGAACCCCUCCAGAUUUGGGACGUCCAAGCGUAUCGAGGGCAUGCUCAGCAUGGUGACCGAGGAAUUGGAAGAUGUGCCACUUUACUACGCUGUGGACAACCUCAGCAGCACAAUACACUGCAAUACUCCCCCCUUACUCCAGUUUAGGUCUGCUCUCCUUCACGCUGGGCACAGGGUUUCUCUUUCUCACGCCUGCAAAAAUGCAGUGAAGACGGACGCGUCUCCCUCUGUCAUCUGGGACAUCAUGCGAUGCUGGGAGAAAAGCAACCCAGUGAAAAGGGAGAAGCUGUCUCAGACCAGCCCCGCCUUCAAGAUCCUCUCCACUGAACCCAGCCUCCAGGCCUGUUUCACAGUGAGGGAGGACGCCAACCCUCAGUCCCGUAAACGCCACCUGACCCGGUUCCAGGAAAAUCCGCAGGCUUUCUGGGGACCCAAAGCUCGCGCCAAAGCUGGUGGUGGAAUUACUGCUGACCUGCAAGACAAGAGUAAAAAGUACCAGAACAAGAGAAAAAUCACAGACUCAUCUCAGCUGAAGAACAUCCCCUGCAAGAGGUUCAGAGAGGGAUCGUGUACAUUUGGAGACAAAUGCUGCUACUCCCACGAAGUUGAGCAGACAAAGGAAGAGAUAACUAAAUGAUUCUAUUUUGAUAAGUUCUUUUAUUUUUAAAUCCCUAUAAAUUGCAGUUUAAAAGGCCCAGUAUGGCUUGGUUUUAGUUUGAAUGACAUAUUCAGAAAUAAGUCUGGUUAUUUACAUAAUUACAGUCUGCCCUAUUCCUUUUUUGACUUGUUACAUGUAUUACAUGCAAAUAAAGUCAUAUCUAUGACUUUAAAGAUGUAAGUAAGGUUGCAUCUAUGUGUUGGUUCAUUGACAAUCUCCAUAUUAAAAAUUUA